UCGAUUUUUUUGUAUGGUAAAUACCCACUUCCCAAUUGGUGAAGAACGUAGCUUUCCUGACGUAAUUUCUCCACGUGAGCUUCCGUACGGUUCAUUCAGAUGAGCGCUGCAAAGUAGAGCGAGUGUAUGGAGGGUUGGUGCAUGUUAGAAUUGAUCUACAUUUCUUUCCUGUAGUGUGGCCGUCUAUGCAAUGGUUUAUUAUUUGGCCAUAGUAUGUCUAGUGUGCUUGUUUGCAUGUCUCUUGCUGGUUGGUGAGCAUGCAUUAGACAGCUAGCAGAGCUAUCUUGCUCACUGCACCAACCUAUUAUUAGCUAGCUAACUAGCUAAUAAUAACUAGCUAGCUAAUUUAUUGUAAUAACGAUCAAAUAGCGGAUAGGUUGAUGCAACACAAUAUCGUAGCGGGAAACUACUAUAUUAAAAACACAUAAGUUCGUUCCGGGCCAUCUGUUAACAAUGUAAAUAUAUGUCAUGGGCUCGGUUAGCACAACGAUGUGAGUUUCCGAAUUUCACCAUGCACGGAACGUCCCCAGGAAUCGUUACUAAGCGUUAGUUGGCUAGUAAAAACAGCAGCGAGCCGACAGGGCACCACCACAACGCAUGAGUCAGAAGCCGGACUCCUUCAGUGCUCUCUCCCUUGCUGCUGGUGCUCAUCUUUCAUUUUAGCUUUGCGUCGUGGGAGGGAAAUACUCUACGAUGAACAUUGGAGGCAGAAAAUGGAAACUGUGGAAAAAAGGAACAAAGGCCUAAUAUCUCCUAAAUUGUUGGAUCGAAAAGUAUUACCCAAAAAUGGUAAGACAGGUAUGAUUGUUAAACAUCUUCACAACACAUUUAGACUUCAAUAUAGUUUGCAGAUUCAGUCCAUCGCUCGCUCAGAAUGUGCCACUGGCUCCUGUCCAAAUUUGAUGAUGAGUAGGAAUGAGCACCACGAGCCGCGCCCUGUCCCUAUGACCCUCACCCCCCAGCUGCCCCCAAGGGCCCACCGGCCCCUCUGCCUCUCCGUCUCCUCAGACAGCAAUGGCCGCUUCAAAGCCCUGGAGACCCAGGAGUGGAAGAACAACCUUAAAGCCCAGAUGGAGCAGGCUCACAGCGCUGGAGCGGCCAGCAGUACAGGCUCCCUGGAGCGGGCCUCAUUGUUCUGCGCCUCUGGUUCAACGACGGCCUCCAGCUCUGGCCUCUCCAGCCCCGUGGAGAACCUCACCAAGAGCAAAUCCUCCAGCCGCUUCUCUCUGUUCUCCCCACCCUGGAACAGCAGCUCAGAGUCCGACUCCAACCCCCCGUCUCGCUCGGGCUCCAAAAAGCUGCGUAGCUACAGCAUGAGGGUGGCCACGAAUUCGUCCGGGAUAGGGGUUGGGUCAGGGGGCAGAGUCGGCCCACCAGAAAUACCCGACCCGCCCAAGCCGACCGUCCCGGAACACUUCCAGUACUCUGAGCCGGUCAUUUCCAAGGUGACGGACUACAUCUUCGUGGGCAACCUGAACGCCGCGUACAACGGGCGCACACUGUGCCGCAACAACAUCGACAGCAUCAUCGACAUGAGCAGCCUGCCGGGAGACCCCGGGCCCAGCCUCAGCCUCAUCCCCUGCACCUGCUCCCGGGGGGCUCGCCACAGCUGGUCCCGACUGAAGGUGGACAUCUGCGACGUUCCGGACGCCCUGGGCGAGGGCAGCCCCGCCCUGAAGCAGCGCUGCUUCGAGGACAUAAACGAGUGCAUCGAAGCCUCCACCGAAAAACGGAAACGCGUGCUGGUCCACUGCCGGGACGGGUACUCCCUGGCCCCGACGUGCAUCAUCCAAUACCUCAUGGUGAAGCAGAAUAUGCGGCUGAUCGCGGCCUACGAGGUGCUGAGGGCCAAGUACCCAGUCAACAUCAGGGAGUGUCACCAGAACGUUCUGGUUAGCCUGGAGAGAGCUCUGCGACCCGGAGGAAACGUGGACCCAGAGUGCUUCAAGCAGGCCAUCUCAAGGAAAGUGGCCUGGACCUGACUGUUUUUGUUCAGUUCGGCUCUUGUUAUUUUUGUAAUCUAAUUGUGGCAUUUAAUGGAUAUUUUUCUAUGGGUGUAUUUUUUAUUUAUUUUUGGACAGCUUUAUUUUUUACAUUGUAGUCAACUGAAAAUAGUGACUUGCCACUCGUGAAACAUCGAAAUUCUUGUGAAAGUUUACAUGGGAGUUGAUAUGGCCACUUUUGAAUGGACUUGUCUACAGAAGAGGGAGGUCAUUCAGUGUUUUGUUGUAUACAGCUGCUAGAUAUGGAAGAUGUUUCAUUCUGCAUCGUGACUUCUGGCUGAAGGAACUUUGUGCCACGUUGGUUUAUAUAGGCGUGCCAAUUUUUAUUCGUAGUUUAUUGUUUUUAUUUCAGUUUUCGUUUUGAAUGGGCGAUCUCAGGAGAACUAAUGAUGAUGUCAUUCCAAUAUCGCUGCAGACGCUGCUGAUGUAAUCUGAGUUACAGGGGAUGUCACUGUUCUCUAUUUAUCUGUCAGCCCGUAACUGGGGAAGGCCAUUACCGGACUGUAUCAGUGACAUGCAGGGGACCUUGCACAUGGAUACUAGUGGUGGAAAUCCCUCUCUCACCUCCAUUAGUCUGUGACCCUCCUGCCACAGACAAGCAUGAACAAUGUGGUAUCCUCCUCAUCCGUUUUCCGUUAUGGUGUAGAAGACCGGGCGGAAGACUAAUUACCAUGGACUAAUUACCAUCCUCUAUGAGGAAAACGUCUUCAUCUUUAUUGACGUUUCCUAUCACUUUUACUCACUGUUGUAACUACUCGCUGUGGUACUUCUUGGAAAAUGUGACUUUGUAAUUUCAGCUUUUGUGUACGCAGGGAGAACCUGACGGUCAGUAUCUCUAUCUGGAAUGUCAGUAUUACAAUAUUAUAAAUCGGACUGGAUAGUGAUUUAUUGUUGUGCUGCGGGAAAUUCUUUUAUUGCACUACCUAAAACAAAAUGCAUUGUGAUGGGUAAGCUGUCAUGCAUUUACACAACACCUUGACUGACUUUUAGAUCAUUUUCAUUCCGUGUUAAGGAAAUAUCAGUGUAAAAAGACUUGUGCUCCAGUGUUCAAUUCUGUUCAUUUGGUUCCACUAUUUCUUCCUGAAAGGGAUUGUUUUUUAAGAUCUAAUCAUCCUGUUAUUUUACCAUCUUGGAAUGUCAUAGGUCACUAAUGACUGCCUCCGACUAUGAUUUCAUUACUUUCCUCAGCCAUCGCAGAAACCAUUUUAGUAUAGUCCACUAAAAAACAGUUAAAUAAUGGGCACUUAAGCACCUGAUUUGCAAAAUCAUUUAACAGUUAGAUUAGUUGGAAAGCAGCUCAUUAUCAUGAUGGACUUGUAUAGAGGCUUAUUGGAUUUUGUAUAAUUAUGUGCUGGCUUGCUACAGUAAUUUAUCAUAUUUAUGAAAUGCCACUGAUCGAAAGGUAUUUUAGGUUAUGAUCAUAAACUGCUAUCCUUUUCUCACACUGAGAUUUCAUGUUAAAAUUAAUGGUUUUUUUGGCAGUGGUGAAUUUUUGUUAUUUUAUGACGUAUGGCUGGAUUUGAAGCUGAGCGUAUGGUGCCUUUGUUUGAAUUUGUCUUUUGCAACUGUACAGUGACACUCUGGCACUUUGUAUGCAGUUGAUGGGCAUUGAUUAAUAUGUUUAUGCUGUAAAAUGUUGCCUAUUGAAUUAUGCUAGCAAUGUUUUAAUUGGAAUACACAAUGUAAUUAUUUUAUGAAAGAAUACAAUUGUGUGAAUUGGUUAUUGCUGUAACAUUCUUUUAGUAGUUAGUGGGUGCAGUUUUAUUUUUGUACUAAAUGUGUUAGUGACAGGCAUAAACAGUUUUUUCCAUGAUAAGAUUAGAGUUGCAGAAUUAUUGUAACUUUUAUAAUCUCCUGGUGUUCCACAAGUCAACCUUGGAGUGAGAGAAAUAUUAGCUUUUCUGCACGUCAUUCAUUUAAGGCCACGGGUUACCUGGACAGAUUUUGUUUUUUAAAAUACUGAAUUUUAAGUUUCUGUGGAUCUAACAUUUUAUCUCUUUAAUCAAAGGCUAAAAUAUAUUAACUGUAUGGUGUUGGUUUGAAGAUCCCUAUGGUUUUGUUUUUGAAUUAUACACAUUUGAACAAAUUUAGGAGGCACAACCUAUCUGGGGUGUUUCCUGUUGAAUGUUGACUAUGAGAGAAAAAUGUGGUGGUUGUAUGGCCACUGAUCUUUGAGUCGUAUUAAACAAGAACUAUUGUCUGCAUUUGGACUGAAGUUCCUGAAAAAGUCAGAUUUGCAUUAUGUAAAAAUGAACCUGUAAUAUAAGGGUUAUUUGACCCUUGUGUUGGUGAGUGUUUGAAUCGUCCCACUUGUAUUGUUUUAUAAAAUGUUCUCAGGUGAAUUGUAUAAUGGCCCGGAAUGUUCUGACUGAACUAAAUAUGAAAACAAUAUGUGAAGCAAUGUAUUUCCUGUGUCAUGUUUCUAACAGUCAAAUGUAUUGGGAGGUGUAAAUAUUAAAGAUUUUACACUACUGCCAUUA